CACAAGCGUGAGUGACAACUCCAAGGCUGACAUGCCCAUUAUAUAAAAUCCUAACUUUCCUCAUCUCAGUACCACACACAAACAAGAGAAACUUUAGAUCUCAUUUCUUGUUGUACAAUUCUCGUGAAUCCUUCGUCUUCAUCGUAAAAAUGGGCAGAACUUUCUUCGUCGGCGGUAACUGGAAAUGCAAUGGAACCAGUGAAGAGAUCAAGAAGAUUGUAGCGACACUCAAUGCUGGUCAAGUGCCAUCACAAGAUGUUGUUGAGGUUGUUGUGAGCCCUCCAUUUGUAUUUCUUCCUCUGGUCAAGAGUGAGCUGCGAUCUGAUUUUCAUGUUGCUGCCCAAAAUUGUUGGGUUAAGAAUGGCGGUGCUUUCACCGGUGAAGUUAGUGCUAAUAUGCUUGUUAAUCUGAGCAUUCCAUGGGUUAUUUUGGGUCAUUCUGAAAGAAGAGCCAUUUUAGGUGAAUCAAAUGAGUUUGUUGGAGACAAGGUAGCAUAUGCUCUUUCUCAAGGUUUGAAGGUAAUUGCAUGUGUUGGGGAGACUCUUGAGCAAAGAGAAUCAGGAUCCACCAUGGCUGUUGUUGCAGCACAAACAAAGGCUAUUGCAGACCGAGUAAAAGAUUGGUCAAAUGUGGUGAUAGCUUAUGAGCCUGUUUGGGCUAUUGGUACUGGAAAGGUUGCAACCCCUGCACAAGCCCAGGAAGUACAUGCUGAAUUGAGGAAAUGGCUUCAAGCAAAUGUUAGCGCUGAAGUUGCUGCUUCAACCAGGAUCAUCUAUGGAGGAUCUGUAAGCGGUGCCAACUGCAAGGAGUUGGCUGGACAGCCAGAUGUUGACGGUUUUCUUGUAGGUGGAGCUUCGUUGAAGCCGGAGUUCAUUGACAUCAUCAAGGCUGCUGAGGUGAAGAAAAGCGCCUAAGGUCUUGCACGCUAUUGGAAUUUUGCAGUUUUUGAUCUAGGACUUCCAAUGCAGUAGACUUGUAUCAAGUCAAUGUCUUGUGUACUCUUUAUUGCAGUUUGAAAUUUAAGUAACAUGUACAAUAAAAUUGACAAACAUUGCACUACCCUACUUCUUUUUUGGCUGCAACAAUAUUGUUUAAUAAAAUUAAAAUGUGCAUCUAAUGACAUACCCACCCUUCUUUAUGUGGAA